AUGGAGUACAAGCAAACAGGCAAGCGCAAGAACCGACUCAAUGAUGAAGAUACAGCAGCCCCACGACCGCGUGCAGUGCGUCAACGACCAGGACUAGAAGAGUCAAGCGCGCCGGAAAACAACUCGUCACUCCAAGAAGAAGACGAAGAAACGAAGGAUUCUGGUGAUUCAAUACCGCCUGUGUUUUGGCGUGCGAGUGCAAAUGCCGUUGAAGCAGCAGUGGACUUAUCAGAGCCCUCAACAUUUGAAGCAGCAGUAAGCGGCCCUGACCAAGUGCACUGGAGAAAAGCAAUUCAUGCAGAGAUCGAGUCAAUGCGACUUCGCGGUGUGUUUCGUGCAGCCAAGCUGCCCAACGGACAACGCGCCAUGGGCACAAAAUGGGUGUUCAAGAUCAAGCGCAAGGCGGAUGGGUCAAUCGAGAAGUACAAGGCACGACUUGUGGCCAAGGGUUUCCGCCAAAAGCAUGGCAUCGACUACACGGAGACGUUUUCGCCUGUGGUCAAGUAUGUGACGCUGCGAAUGGUGAUCGCAAUUUCCAAGCAUUUUGGAUGGCCCAUCGACCAGCUUGAUGUGGUGACAGCUUUCCUGUAUGGCGUCAUGAAGGAACAAGUGUUCUGCGUGAUUCCUGAAGGCUUCGAACUUGACAUGUCAGGCUUCGACCCAUGUCUCUACAUCACGACAUCGGACGGCCAUUGCGUGUUUAUACUGGUCUACGUGGACGACGUCUUGGUGACUGGAAGCUCGCUCGAGCUGGUUGCACAAACCAAGCACGACCUGAAGACGCGGUUCGAAAUGACGGACAGCGGCAAGUGUGCGUUUGUUCUUGGGAUCGAGCUUUUGGACGGUGAAGAUGGCAGUGUGACACUAUGUCAGCGUCGGUAUGUCGAUGAUAUCCUCAAGCGCUUUGGCAUGGAUGAUUGCAAGGCAGUCGCAAGUCCAGUCGACAUGAGCUCUCGACUUGUUUCCAAGUGA